AUUACAAACACUUUUGCAGCAAACAUGAGCCGGGCAAUAGAUCGAUUGUCAUAUCUACAUGCCAGUGACUAUGAGUUUGUACCAGACUUGGCAAGUACGUUUGAUCCAUGUAAGAAUCUGAAUGAUGUCUUCCAAUCCAUCCCUAUUGAGGAGGUUGAUGUCGAGAAUCUCAAAGUUUACCUGAGAGUAAGACCAAGUCUGCGAGAUGAACAACAAGCAAAUGAGGAUACGCAUGUUGAUAUAUUGGACAACCACAGCAUCAUCCUUACAGCCCCUGCUUCCUCAAACACUUUCAAGAAUAGCACAAAUGGCAUUACAAAACUCAGUCAAAAGUUCACAUUUUCUCAAAUCUAUGGGCCAACCAUAAACCAGAAAGAGUUAUUUAAUGGAUCCACCUUAGGACUAGUGAAGGAUUUUAUAAAUGGACAAAAUUGUUUACUGUUCACUUAUGGAGCAACAAACUCAGGGAAAACGUUUACUGUACAGGGUACACCUAAUGAUGCUGGUAUUUUACCUCGUGCUCUUGAGGUGCUUUUCAACACAGUAGGGGAGCAGCAGUAUGAAGCUAAUGACCUCAAACCGCGCUAUUUUUGUGGUGUGUCGCGCCUCGAAGAAAGUGAUAUCAAAAAGGAAGAAGAGAAGAAAGAGAGAAUCUUCAAGAUAACUUCUGAUCUAGGCUCAACUUUCUCUCAGUCAACAAUGAGCCUUUCAAAAAUUUCCUUUGGAGACUGCUCUCUUAAUACCUCAGAUCCAUCAGCAGCCAGCGAUAUUAGUAGAGUUUCAUCUGUCAUUGAUAACCGAUGUCAGGAUGAUACAGCUCUUGAGGUGGACAAUUCAGAAAACACUGUGUAUGCUAUUUUUGUCUCAUUUGCUGAGAUUUAUAAUGAAUAUAUCUAUGACUUGUUAGAGAAAAUGCCAACGUGCAAAAAGAAUAAACGUAACCCACUAAUGUUGGGAGAAGAUAGGAAUAGUGCCAUUUAUGUAAAAGGCCUACAGGAAGUGAGAGUCCGAAGUGCUGAGGAGGCCUGGAAACUUUUAGAGAUUGGUCGCCAAAACCUUCAUUUUGCUGCAACCAGACUAAACCAUAAUUCAUCUCGUUCACAUUGCAUCUUCACAAUUAAGCUGAUCAGGAUGGCUGAUUCCCAGAAUCCUCAUGUUGCGAGGGUGUCUAUGUUGUCAAUGUGUGACCUUGCUGGUGCAGAGCGGGCAGGAAAGACGCAUGGAAGCCAUGACCGCCUAAAGGAGGCAGGAAACAUUAACUCCUCUCUCCUUGUGCUAAGUCGGUGUAUUGAGGCUUUAAGGCGAAACCAGAUGCAGAAAGGUAACAAGAAGCGUGAGGUCCCCGUCCCAUACCGUGACAGCAAAUUGACACGGCUAUUUCAGAGUUUUUUCCUCGGACGGGGAAAGGCUGCAAUGAUUGUGAACAUCUCAAAAACUCCUCUUCUUUUUGAUGAGACUCUUCAGGUCUUGAAGUUUUCUGCUAUUGCUAAACAGGUAGCAAUCAGCCAAGCUAAGGAAUCAGAGUGCCAGGUUAAAAUACCUAAACGCAACAGUCACUUUUCAAAGUUCAUUCGCCAGUCCUUCAAUAGUUCAGGACGCUUAUCUGUUCCAUGGGCAAAAGAUGAAGGAGAAGUGACCUUUGGAGAAAGUGAAAAGGGAGAUGAUGAAGUCAUGGAGACAGUCAAGGAAGAGGAAGAGGAUGAGGAUGAAAGAUAUGAGGCACUGGUACAACUCAUUUCCAGCUUAAAGGAUGAACUGAUGAAAGAGCACAAAGAAAAGGUGGAAAUGGAAGAGCGCAUAAGAGAGGAACUUUGCGCAGAGUUUUCCCAGCAGCUCGUAGAGAUUGAAAACAGUUGGAGUCAACGCCUGAAGAAUCAGCAGGCCCGGUCUGAAGAACUUACAGACUAUAGGAUCAAUGCACUUAUGAAAUCCGCCAAGAAAAUUAACAGCCGAAAGCGUGUCCGCCCAGAAGAUGAUCCAGAUGAGGAGUACGUGUCUUCAAUACUGCUCCAUCGAGAGGAACAAAAAGUCCAAGAACAAGCAACAUAUAUAGAAGAGUUGGAAACCGAGAAAAAACUCAUGGCAGAUGAAGUUGAGGCAUUGAAGACCUCGCAAAAGAAAACAAGUGAAUUGCUGAUAAGAUCCCAAGAGGAGAACUCCAGGUUGACUUUCCAGCUUGCACAGCUUACUGCCAGCUUUGACAAAGUUAAUAAAGAAUUGGAAGCAUCGCGGAAACUGAGCAUGACCAUCACUACAGAGAAUUUAGUCGUAGAAGAAUUGAAGCGAAGAGUUGAGGAAAACAAGACAUUGAUCGCAGAACAGGAUGAAGAAAUUAAGGAUUUAAAGGAGAUGCUUAUAGAAUGUGCAGAAGAGUUCACAGCAAAGCAGCAGGAAUGUUCCACUCUUGCAAAGUCUCUUGAAAUGAGUGAAAACACCCUUGCAAAGCAGCUGGUAAGUAUCAGUGAGCUGGAGAACCAAAUCUUGGAGGCUCGGUCGAUAGUCAGCCAAUAUGCUGCACAACUGGAAGAAAGGGAGCAGCAUACAGCAGAGUUAAGAGAACAGCUUGACGCUUCUAAGAAUGUAGAGCAGCUGUUUGCUGAAAUGAAAGAUCUACAAGACAUUGCUGAAGCUCAAAAGAAAAAAGUGUGGAUACUUGAGAAGAAAUUGUCUGACAAAGAACACGAGUUGAAUGAAGCUCUUAAGAAAAAGGAGAAUGCUGUUCACCAGAAGGAAAAGAUAGAAGAGGAUUAUCUUAGAGAUAAGAGUAAACUGCUUUUGGAACUUGCUGAUCUGAAACGAUGUGGACCUCAGAAAACAUUGGCUUCAAAAGAAUCCGAUGAAGACUUGCAACUCCAUAUCAAAAUAACAGAAUUGGAAAAACAGAAGGAAGAAUUAGAAAUAGAGAAAGGUCAGAUAAAGAAUCAGUUAACAGAAUCAAAAGAUUUGUUUGCACACCUGCAGACAGCCAAUAGUAAUCUUGAAAGCCACUUUGAUACAAUACAAAAGGAGAAUGAAAAGCUGAAGGAAACUGUUGAUGAGCUGAGCUCCAAACUGGUGCAUGUACAAGAAGAAAGAGCUGAAGAUCAGUUAGAUAUUUCAGCUCAGAGAGCAACAACUGCUGAAGCUGUCAGUCAGGUGCAUGAUUAUCAGAAGGAAUUGAAAGAAAAAGAUGAGCAAAUUAGUCUUUUAAAUCAAGAAAUUCAGGACUUACAGUCACAGAUGAAGUUAUUAGAGGAGAAGAGUAAUGACAAGGACCUCAAGGAAGAAUUCAAGAAGCUUCAGGAGCAUUCAGAAGUUUUGUCCACAGAGCAAAAUGAAUUGCAAGAAAAUGUUCAUAAACUAAAAGCAGAAAUAGCCACCCAAAAGGAAGAAAUUGAUCAUCUGAAACAGUCCACAGUUCCAAAGGAAGAGCUCUUGCAGAUGAAAGAAGAGCUUGCAAAUAGAUUAGAGGAGGUAGGCAUUCUUCAAAAAGAAAAAGAACAGCAGCAAAAGGCAUUAGAUACCAAGAAAGAGGAACUUGAAGAGACAAAUUGUCUUCUAAAGACUAUGGAAGAAGAAAAGCAUUCAUCAGUAGAGAAACUUACAAUGGAUGUAUCAGAUAAGAAUUCCAGAAUUGAAGAUUUGGAAAAGGAAAUUGAGCUCCUGAAAUCAGAAACGGAAAAUGAUAUGAAGUAUUUAUCUCAAGUACAAGAUCUUGAAACUCAAUUAAAGGAUAUGAAGUUGCAAAUGGAGGAAAUUUUGUCUAGUAAGUCACAGUUAGAAGAAGAGGCACAGGUAAAAAACAGUAAGAUUGAGGAACAGGAUUCUGAAAUUUGUAAACUAAGAGCUGAAAUUCAGGUUAAGGAUGAAGAGAAGAAGGCAUUCCUUGAGGAGGUGCAAACUGAAUUAGAUGAUCUCAAGAAAGAAAAGGAAAGAUUAGAAGGAACGCUAACAUCACAGCAAAAGGAAACGGACAGAACUAUUGAGCAGAUUAACUUAAAGAAGACAGAGUUAAUUGAAGAGAUCAGCAAUCUAAAAUUGGCUCUACAGGAAAUGGAAAAUUGCAAAUCCACAUUAGAAUCGCAGCUCUCUGAACUCCCAGAGCUACAAGAAAGAGAAAAGGUGAUGAAGAUUCAUUUAGAAGAAAUGCAACAAGAGAAAAGUUUGUAUGAGAAAAAAUUGUUGGAACAGAAGGAAUCUACUGAAUGUAAGGAAAAAUUGAAUGAGCAAGAGGAACUUCUAGCAUCCCUAACUAAAGCAAAUGAAGAGCUCAAGGUAAAGCUUUCCGAAAUCGAAGGCUUAAACAAAACUCUUAAUGAACAGUUUAAAGAGAAAGAAGAGGUCAUUGCUUCUCUAAAUGCAAAGGUUGAAUCAUUAGACUACAAGCUGACACAGGCAGAGGAGGAGCUAGAAGCAAAAAGAUGCGAAGGUUCCCAAAGUUUAAAGGAGGCCAGAGAAAGAUAUGACAUCCUGGAAAAGGAAGUGCGAGCAGUCAGAGAGGCUCGUCAGGAGGAGAUCACCCAACACAGAAGCCAGAAAGAUUUCCAGGAACAACAGCUCCAGCAGAAAGACGAAGAAAUCAAAUCACUGCAACAAGAGGUCAAGAAGCUUCUCCAGCAAUCCAUAUCUACCAUAUCCAACACCAGUCAGAUAACUAUUCCAGAAACACCAAAAGUUAAGAAGGAAUCUGUAGAGCUUGAUGAGGACAUCUUAGCACUAAAGGAGCAGUUCAGGCUAAGUGAAGCACAGAAAGAUGCCCUGCGUCAGGAAGUUUCAGGCUUGAAAACCCAGUUGGAAAAGCUGUCGUUAGCAUCUGAUACUUCAUUAUUCCACUGUCCAACAACUAUAGAUUCAUCAAAACGGUCUGUGGAGUGCAACAACAGCCAGUCAGAUGUAGAAAGCAUAACAACUCCAUGUGGUCGUGCAACAAGAAAUCGGAAAGGAAAUCCUCCACUUCCGACUCCAAGUGAAUCUUUGCACUUAGUCCUGGAUACUACAGAGGGCGAUGGAAGCUAUUUCCUUUCCCCAACUUCAGUCAGUACUGGCAGUAAUAAGAGAGCAGAGAAGCCACAGAGGACCUCGAGGCGCAUCCAGAGCAAAAGAAAUGUGUAUGAUAACUCCUUUGAGAAUCAGGAAUCCUCAUGGAAACCUUCAAAAGGUGGUAAUGAUGAUGAGGAGGAGGAUGAAGUUUGGGAGCCUCCUGCACCAGCGGGUAAACAGCCCAGAACUACAAGAAAGACUAGGGGACGUAAAACUAAAUCCCAUGUCUAUAACCCACAUACAGACCAAGAGAAUAAAAGCAGUUUGGCAAAUAAGGCAGUGGACAGCCAGGCUUCUGAUAAUGGAGAAGACUUCAAAACCCCAGUACAGAGACGUAGACGACAGUUAUACAACUCGACUGUAGAAGAACCUUACGAGUGCUCUCCAAAUAUGAUUGAACUUCCUCCAGUUCAGGAUAGCCCACAUACUGUUGUCAGGCGACAGCUGAGGAGCAAAAAAAAGAAAUGAAUUACCCUUAAUCUUCUUUUAUCUGUCAACUUUUUAAUAUUUUUCUUCAUAUAUAUAAAGGAAACUUUUUUAUGUGUAGACCUAACAUUUCUGUAUUUCAUGUGUACUAUAUCAACUAUAUAUAUGUGAAAUACAUUUGUAAUGUUAUUGAGAACUAUAAUUGAUAGUAAAUUAAGCAAAUUUUUGUUUUGUAACAUUGCAUAGCGGAUCCAGAUAUGAUAUUGUCUGCCUCCCAAGGAAUACAUGAACAAGCAAAUAUAGAUACCUAAUUCUU